UAUAUGUCUUUUCUCAGCUUUUCAGGAGAAGAAUGAAAAACAUGACAGUCUAAUUUUUUGACAUUUUCUUUCACGAGUUUCCUUACCGUCCCCUCCCAUAAUGUUUUGUUCAGAAUGAUGUAAUGUUGUAAUAUCCCGGAUUUCGAUGUAUCACCCGAUUUAUUUGCAAUUUGCUCGAGUUUGGUGAAUUUAAAACUUUUAUUUCAAGAUUUGCCAUUUAUAUCAAAGACAAGGAAAAUACAAAUUUCUUCAUUGUUUGCAUUUAGUUGAAGUGAAGUUGUCUUCUGACUGAAUUCGCGAGAUGUUCUUUCGGAUCUGAAAAAUGACACAAGAUAAUUAUACAGAUGUCUUCGAUAGAGGGCAGUUGGUUGUGUGUUUAGAAAACUGCUUGGUGGAUGUUUCAAAGAAAACCUCCCAACUAGUACCAGAAAAGACCUCACAAAGUUCUUUGUUGAAGAAAUGUCUUGAUUGUCAAAUUCUUCUUCAACCAAGGCUAUUUAAAUCUUCGGAACAAAUUAAACAAUUGUCGGACAACAAUAUACAGUCAUUUCCACCUUCUAAUUGUAUCAAAGAGACUACAGGAAGUCUCAUCUUGCAAGCUUCAUUGUCUACUGGUCUUUUAAAAGAGGGUGUAUUCUCAAAUGGGGGUGAUUUACUACCAUGCAAAAAAAGUAUCAGUGAAUGUGAUGCAGAAAUCUCAGAUGUCAGUGAAGAGAGUAGAAAUUUCGAAGACUUAAUGACUCUUAGUGAAUUUGCAAGACAAAGCUCAUUUAAGGAUGACUGGUCAAAAAGUUCUGAAAUCUUUCAAAAUUCUUCAAAUCUAAGACUUGCCCAAAUACCUGAUGAAAAGCUAUUGAAAAGACAUAAUUGCAAAGAAUUGCAAGUUCAAUUAUUCUGGAUAAAACCAACUUCGCACCAAAUGCAAGCUCUUCGUCAUCAGAAUAUUUUUAAAACUUCAUCUGGGAAAGAUUUUCGACAUGAAAGAUUGAGGCCUAAAGGGAGCCUCAGGCAAUUUAUUCCAUUUAUGUAUGAGCAAGCAGCAACAUCAAAUAGGCGAAGAAGAUUAUCACAUUUGGGUACUGGUUAUAGCACUCAAAAAAAGCAUUUGCAAAAUCAGAAGAAACAUAUAUUUAGAAACAAAGAUAAAAAAUCAAAAAUCAAAUCAAAACAGAAACAAAACUUGACCAAGUUGUUGUUAAAGAUUGCUCUUAAAAAAAAGAAAAUGGCUAUGAAAGAACGAAAUACAUAUGCAAAUAGUUUGAACAGUAUUAACCAGAGAAUAAACAGGCAAAACUAUUUCUGGCUAAAACUGUAAUGCAAAAUGUUGACACAAGUGUUAAACAUACUUAUUACAGAAA